CGAUUGGUGGGGAAACAGCCUGGACCUUGAUCAUGUAUAAACUUAUUCAAUGGCGGAGCUGGCCCGUUAGAACAUAGAACAAUUACAGCACAAUUCAGGCCUUUUGGCCCACAAAGCUGUGCCGAACAUGUCCCUACCCUAGAAAUUACUAGGCUUACCCAUAGCCCUUUAUUUUACUCAGCUUGUUUAUCUUUCUCAUGGUCUGAACUUGCUUUCAUGCACAGUUGCUGGGAUCGAUCUGCGUGCCCUGCGUGCUCAGUUCGGCGAGAGCGGGCGAAGGGCGCCUUUACUGCCGGUCCUCCCGCUCACCGGAGGGCGCUGCUGGCCGGUCCUCCCACCGGCCGGGGUGGGGACGUGGCCGUGGCCGUGCUGGAGGCUCGGACAGGCCGAGGCUUCAGCUGGGCGAGGGCCGGGUUUGGUGCUCCGCAUCAGACGCCGCGAAGAUGCCGCUGGGUUUGAAGCCAUCGUGCAGUGUGUGCAAGGCCAACUCGUCGGCCAUGUGGCGGAAGAGCAGCCAGGGCGACAUCGUCUGCAACAACUGCGCCGGGAAAAGCCCCGGGCCCGGCUCGGCCUCCGCACCCGGAGCCGCUCCGCCCGCGCAGCAGAGCAACGGCAGUGGGAAGCAGGCAAAGCAAGAAAUUCACAGGCGAUCUGCAAGGUUACGGAACACAAAAUACAGGUCUAUGCCUCCCACUGAGAAAAAAGUUUCUACCAAAGGAAAGGGCCGUAGGCAUAUAUUCAAAUUAAAAAAUCCAAUUAAAGCACCAGAGUCUGUGUCCACGAUAAUCACAUCUGAAUCUAUUUUCUAUGGGGGUAUUUAUUACCAGGUUGGAGACAUAGUCUCCGUAGUGGAUGAGGAUGAUGAGAAGAUUUACUAUGCCCAGAUACGAGGAUUUGUGCAAGAUCAAUAUUGCGAAAAGAGUGCAGUGAUUACGUGGCUCAUUCCAACUCAGGCAAGCUCCAAGGACCAGUUUGACGCAUCAACUUACAUACUUGGACCAGAGGAAGACUUACCGAGAAAAAUGGAACAUUUUGAGUUUAUCUGCCAUGCACCUUCUGAAUACUUCAAAUCACGAUCUACUCCUUUUCCAGUUAUUCCAACCAGACCUGAGAAAGGGUAUAUCUGGACCCGUGUUGGACCAACCCCUGCAAUAACUGUGAAGGAAUCGAUUGCAAACUGUUUGUAGCCAAGGGUACGAAAUGUUUAUUAAAAUGUGUACAUUUUUAUCCAGUAUAUCUAAAUCUUGCCGGAAUUAAAAGGCAAACUGUUGUGAACUAAAAUUUUAAUGAUGUGCAUUACAACAUUUUGGGGGUUCGAAACCAUGCUGGUCCUAGAUUCUUAACAUUCAGAACGUGUCCGUUCAUGUCUGAUAGAUUUGUGAAAAUCAGUAUGGCCAAAACCUAUUUUUGACAUGAGGCUGCUGUAACGUUUGCAGAACUUACCUAUAGUCUUUUGAAAUAUGAAUGAGGUGCUGCAUUUGUGUAGUACUCAGCAUAUUCAGUGGAACAUUGUGCCACUUCAAGCAAGUAAGUGGACCAACUACAUGCUUCAAUCCUUCAGUCAACAGAUUCUCGGAUUGCAUUAUUAUAAGUCUAGUUUUGAACAUUAGUAAAAAUUGUAUUUGGAAACCAACUAUCUAUAGAGAAAAUUCAUAUUAUGCUGUUUCAUCCAUUGUAUUUGGCAUGCCAGGCCAAUAUGGAUGCUAUUAUUUACCGCUGUGAGUUUAUUUAAAUAAAAUUAUCACUUUCAU